AUGAAACCUGUUGCCGUAGUGGAGCUUCCACCUAGUAACCUUAGGCAAAGGCUCAUUAGCAAUCGCCUAUAUGAUCGUAUUUGCACUACACCGGAGUGCAAAAUACAUCAGGAUAACAACGAAGGUGAUUGCAUGAAUUUAUGUGUUGUUUAUAUGAUUUCCUGUGUGCGGUGUGGUGACGAAUACAUAGGAGAAACAGCUAGACCACUAUGUAUUCAAAUCAAAGAAAUCCUGGACGGCAAAAGGAAAUCAUGUGACUUCACUGCAUUAGGUGGUCAUAGAGUACGGCGUCAUAACAGAAAAGAUUUUGAAGUUAAGGUCACGAUUCUGGAGCGCGAACUUAGUACUGCGGCGCGCAAGACUAUGGAGGCCUUUUGGAUCCACUACAAAGAUGAAUCGCAAAGGGAAAUGCCACCGUAUUACGCGGAAGAAGACUCUGAAGAAGGCGAUAUUGCCGAAACAUUAGCCAUGAAUAAAGUAUAG